AUGGUGGCUGAACUGGGGCGGUAUAAGCAAGCCCACACCAGCCCGCCAUCUCUCACUUUCUACAGUGAGAAGAGAAGACAGUUCAGCCUGGUCAGGAAUAACCCUCGAGACAUUGUAGAGAAAGUUGCGACUGACAUCGAGAGACUGCUGGCUAAGAAACGCAAAGCGCUUGAGAAACUUGCGAGUGAAGCAGAGCGUCUUCAGAAAGAUCAUCGUUGGCAGGAUGGAAUCAAGGAGGAAAAUAUUGAAUAUUAUAACUCUAAAGCAGAGAUGGACUAUGACGGUGAGGACAUUGAUUCCCAGAUGUCAUUGAAACUGGAGUUUGUGUACGAUCCGAACUUCAAAAACCAUGUGAAUUACUCACACACCGCCGUCCAGAUCCCCACAGACAUCUACAAAGGCGCUCCGGUGAUUCUGAAUGAGCUGAACUGGACGCAAGCGUUAGAGCGAGUCUUUAUAGAGAACAGUAGAGACGAUCCGUCGUUGCUCUGGCAAGCGUUUGGUAGCGCCACCGGUGUCACGAGAUACUACCCAGCUGCUCCCUGGAGAGCACCGGAUAAGAUUGACCUUUAUGAUGUACGACGGAGACCCUGGUACAUUCAAGGAGCAUCAUCGCCCAAAGAUAUGGUCAUCCUUGUUGACGUGAGCGGAAGUGUCAGUGGACUCACUCUCAAACUGAUCAAAGCUUCAGUAACGGAGAUGCUCGACACGCUCUCCGACGAUGAUUACGUCAACGUGGCCAGGUUCAAUGAGAAGGCCGAGGCAGUGGUGCCCUGUUUUAAGCACCUGGUUCAAGCGAAUGUCCGUAAUAAGAAGAUCUUUAAAGAAGCUGUGCAGCAGAUGCAAGCCAAAGGAACCACCGAUUACAAAUCCGGCUUUCACUUUGCCUUCAACCAGCUGCUUAAUAAGACAAAUGUUCCUCGAGCCAACUGUAAUAAAAUCAUCAUGUUAUUUACUGACGGAGGGGAGGACAGAGCUCAGGACAUCUUUGAGCAGUACAACUGGCCCAAUAAGACGGUCCGCGUGUUCACGUUCUCGGUGGGGCAGCACAAUUAUGAUGUCACUCCACUGCAGUGGAUCGCAUGUGCUAAUAAGGGAUACUAUUUUGAGAUCCGCUCCAUCUGUGCUAUAAGGAUUAACACCCAGGAAUAUCUGGACGUGUUGGGCCGCCCCAUGGUUCUGGCAGGAAGAAGUGCCAAGCAGGUGCAAUGGACCAACGUCUAUCAGGACGCACUGGGUUUGGGGCUGGUGGUGACAGGGACGAUGCCGGUGUUCAACCUCACUGUGGACGGAAACUCUCAGAAUCAGCUGAUUUUAGGAGUGAUGGGGGUUGACGUUCAUCUGGAUGAGCUGAAGAGACUCACACCACAAUACAAGCUGGGAGCAAACGGAUACAUCUUUGCCAUUGACCCUAAUGGAUACGUGCUGAUGCAUCCGAACCUUCAGCCUCGAGAGGAGGAUUUGCCAGAGCCUGUGACGCUGGACUUCCUGGAUGCAGAAGUAGAAGACAGCAGCAAACAGGAGAUUCGCCGGCAAAUGAUUGACGGCCGAUCGGGAGAGAUGACGAUCAAAACACUAAUUAAAUCGAUGGACGAGCGCUACAUUGACGACGUCACACGUAUGUACACCUGGACGCCCAUUAACGACACUGAUUACAGUCUGGGACUGGUACUUCCUCCGUACAGUGAAUAUUACAUCCAGGCUGAUCUGAGCGAUGUUAUGCUACAGCUGCAGUAUUUACAGUCUCUUUUGCCGAACUCAUUUGAGUCGGCUGGUCAUGUGUUUCUAGCUCCCAGAGAAUACUGCAAGCGUCUGCAGAUGGCUGAGAAUAACACACAGUUCCUGGCGGACUUCCUGUCUCUGAUGGUGGAGAUCUCACCUGAAUCUGAAGACUGUGAUCAGGGUCUCAUUCAUAACCUGAUUUUGGAUUCUGGGAUCCUCUGGCAGCUUGCCUCGCGCGUUUGGCAGAACAAAGAUCUUAACACGUACGGCUUCCUGGCCCUGUUCGCGUCCACCAAUGGAGGCGUCACGCGCGUUUACCCCAACAUAGCUGCUGAAUCAUGGGAUGAAGACCCUGAACCUCUAAACUCAAACUUCUACCGUCGCACUCUGGACAACAAAGGCUACAUCUUUCGAGCACCAACACGAACCUCUAUGGAUGAUCUGUUAAUCACAGAGAACGGCACUGUGGGAAUUUUGGUCACCACCGCCGUGGAGGUUGUGAUCAGUGGCAAAACAAUGAGGCCUGCAGUGGUCGGCGUUAAGCUGGAUUUGGAGGCCUGGGUUGACAAGUUCAAGAUCCUCGCUAGCAACGUAUCAGACAGCAGACAGGCUGCACAUAAGUGCGGCCCUUCCAGAUCCUGUGAGAUGGACUGUGAAGUGAACAGCGAUGAUUUGCUCUGUUACCUGAUCGAUGACGGAGGUUUUCUGGUGAUGUCCAAUCAGAGAGAUCACUGGAAAAAGGUGGGUUUGUUCUUCGGCGAGGUUGACCCCUACCUGAUGUUCGCACUCUACAACAACUCGAUCUACGCCCGUCAUCAGACUUUCCAGUAUCAGUCAGCCUGUGAGCCGACAGCCAGCAGCCACACGGGAGCCGGACACAGAGGAUUCUACGUGCCAUCCAUUGCUGAUUUUCUCAGCCUGGCCUGGUGGACGUCAGCAGCGGCGUGGUCUAUUCUGCAACAGUUCCUUUAUGGACUUAUCUACAGCAGCUGGUUCACAACAGAAGACGUCUGGGCUGAGAGUUCAGACACUAAAGGGAGCAGCAGCUGUGUGACGGUUCACAGUCAGUUCUACUUCACCAACACCACCAAUUCCUUCAACGUGCUGCAGGAUUGUGGGAACUGCUCCAGGUUGUUCCACGCCAAGCGUAUAGAAAACACGAAUCUGUUGUUUGUGGUGGCGGAGACGCUGCCCUGCAGCUCUUGUGAGAUCGAGAAACUCCUACCUGUCAGAACAAAGUCUCAAGAAGAAAACCCGUGUGAGGUGUUAAACUCUGCACGCUAUCGGAAAGGACCUGACAAAUGCUUUGACUAUAACUCAGAGGAGAACACAUCGGAGUGUGGCAGCGCUCACUCUUUACACUGUCCGAUGCAAGUUCUGGUCUGGAUUCAGUUAUUGUGGCUUUACCUCAUUCUACGAUUGUAAUCUGAGUCCCACUGCCUUCGGUGUUCCUGUCCCUCAUCCGUACGCCGCUCCGGUCCCCUCCCAACAUUCUCCUGGUUUUCCAGCUCUCUGUCUCAUCGUCAGGUGCAUUCCAGCUGUGUGCCGUUACAGCAGAGCAUGAUGGGAAAACGUGUCUUAGUACCCCCGACAUUGUGCAGAUCCAAAAAAACAACUGUUUAAAAUCAUUUCACCUUUAUAUUUGGAAAACGUACAAAAAAAAAACAAUCUUUCUGCUGCCGUGAAGUAUUUUUGCUUGCCAAAUACAGGAAUGGACCUGGUUUGUUUCAAAACAAUGAAACAUGACACGAGUUUUGACGGUUAUUAUCACAAUCUCGCAUUGUGUGUUUAUUUGAGUCUUGCUUCGUUCUCGAUUUAGUGCCAAACCCUGACGUCCGUGGAUGCUCAAACGCUGGGGACGCGCAGCUUUCGUUGAAAUAUUGGUUUUUGAAGCUUCCUUGUCAAGAGAGAAUGCUGUAUUAUCGCAAACUGCUUCGUUAAGAAAAAAAAGAAGAUGAUUUAGAUUUCGUUUCGUGUUCAUUUGGAGCUUUUGUCGAAUGUUUUAAGGACAUAUAUUGUGUCUACAAACUGCUGCCUGGUUUGUUACCCAACAGUGCCUUGGCGCACUUGUCCGAAAGGACCAACAAUAGCACUGGACGUGGAUUCGACUGACCCUGAAUGAAUGCUGGAGAAAGACACGGUAUUGAAUGUUUACAGUAUAAGGGUGAAUGUCAUGAAACCUGGCAAAACUUCAUAUUUCACCCCAAAAUCAAAAGAUAUGAAUAGGAAAUGGCACAUGAAGAAAAUCAAGCACAUUUUUAGGAUCAUUAGGAUUUUAAAAGCACAUUUUUCCCUCCAAAAUUUCAUUACCGUAAUGUGAAAAAAACAACACUUUUUCCUAUUGCCGUAAUGUGGGGAUAAACAUAUUUUUACAGUAGCAUUUGUUAUACUGCCUUAAUUUAUGAUUAUUCAAGUAGUAAAAAAAACUAGUGCUGUCAAAUCGAUUAAUCACGAUUAAUCGCAUCCAAAAUAAAGUUUGUGUUUACAUAACGUGUGUGUGCGCUGUGUAUAUUUACAUAAAUAUAUGUGUAUAUAAGUAUACACAGCACACACGUAUAUUAUGUAAACACAAACUCUUAUUUUAGAUGUGAUUAAUCACGAUUAAUUGCGAUUAAUUGUGAUUAAUCGAUUUGACGGCACUAAAAAACAUUCAAAUAAUGUCACAAUGCAAAAAAUAUUCCUACAAAUACCCUUUUCAUGAGUUUUGGGGUGUUUUUCUGUUGAUUUUGGGGUGUUUCUUGUGAGACUCGCCCGUGCUCGUCUUUUAGCGUUCCGUAUGGGUUUAUUAUACAUAUUCUACUGAUUCUGUCUUUAGAAAGUCACUCAAAUGGUUUUAACUUUUUUCUGAUGUAAAUAUGGUUAUUCCACACUGGCUUGAUCGAAUCCAGUGUGUUUUAAUGAAAUGGAAUGCAAGCUGAUGUCUCGAUGUCCCGCUGCAUGCUGGGAAAAAAAUGAUAACUGCUAUUAAACUUCAUGAUUUUAGGACAUUUAGUGGAAGGACUGUCGACCCUUAGAGCCGGACCGACUUUAUCUUCUUAACGAGUCCGUGGAUGUUAUCCAAGGGUCGGUGUGUAUUUAUUUUGAUUUAAUUUAAAAGAUACGGUGUGUAUAUUGCUUGCGAAAUGUAUCAAGUGUGAACGCUUUCAUGCUUUUAUUGAAAUGUUUUGGAUUUUAUCGCAGAUGUUUUGUUGCUUUUCAGUGAUUAUAUAUAACAUUUUAAAGGUCCACUUAGACAAAAAAAAAUUAGUUGGUGGUAUUUCAUCUUUUAAUGUGGCCACACUUCCAAAACAACUGUACUUCCAAAUGAAUGGGUGGAGAUUCUUCUGGAUUGAACUGAAAGGGUUUCGCUUGACGUAUUUUGUAUCGUAAUGGCUUGAGCAAUACUUUGAAUUAUGUCAACUACGCUGAAAUGCAAGUGAGCGCUACUGAAUUAGUGUAAAGAGAGCAUGAAAUCAGUAUUGAGCCGCUUUCUUUGGAUGACUUUGAUUCAGGCUUGUCUUUGAAUAUCGGCUUAAUGUUCGUAUGUGAGCUUAUGAGCGUUCUAACAGUAUUAUUUCAUGCCAAUAAGAGUAUUUAUACUAUUGUCUUUAUGUAAAAAUUUCUCUGUGUUACAAUGAAUUUAAUGAUGUGAAUAGGAAUGUUUUAAUUCUUUUUUUUGUUUGUUUUUUGUUUUUUUAAUUUUGUUCUGCAGAUGUUUGUUAACUAUGUGAAAGGGUUUUUCCUCCCUUUCUGCGGUCUUCCAUAUCACUUCAUUUUGUACAGAUGGCACAAAUCUAUCAAGAAAGGCUAACUUUGUAUCAUAUUGUGUCAUUCACUUCUGGGAGAUGUUUAUAAGAGAAUUGGUGAGAUAAAGACAUUCAUAUUUUUCACGUCAA